AUGCAUCAUUAUGGCCUUGAUUUCAGCCAUUAUGUAUCUGCACCUUCUCUAUCCUGGGAUGCUAUGCUUAAGAUGACCAAAGUCAAGAUCAAGCUAUUUACAGAAAUGGCAAUGCAUGACUUCAUUGAAAAAGCAAAGCGAGGUGGUAUUGCUAUGGCAGUACAUAGACCU